GAACCUUUUAGCUGUUCAGACACAGAUGGAUGACUCUCAGAGUAGGUUUUCCUCUGCGAUAACUCCUCCAGUCUCUGCUCAUCCAGCACUUCCCGCUCCACUCUGUAUUUCCCAGGUCUCCGAGCAUGAUCCAUUCGGUUUAAUACACAAAACUUCUUAAAUAUGGAGUAAAGGAGCUUUAUUCUUAUGACUCCAGCAAAGUUACCUACUGCAAUGUGUCCAACAACAGUUAAUGCUACUUUAUCACUGUCACAAGUACUCUAUCUGCAUAUGUACAUCAUUUUGCAUAAUGUUUAACUAUCUUCAGGAUGUGGGCAGAGCUUUUUUUGAACAAAAAAAAGGCAGACCGGAGGAAUUACAAAGUGUUAUUAUAGUCUCAAUCAGAAAAAAAUUAACCCCUGUAUGUUAAAUUUCACCAACUGCCAGACUGGUGUGUUUCCAUCUUCCUAUUUUCCCCACUUACAAGCAAAAGUGAAGCUAAUGAAGCAUGAAAUAGCACCUAAAACUCAAACCACAGAGGCCAAACAUCCUGUGCAAGGACUGUUUCUCAACAAAAUACUUCAGGCGAAUGAUUGUCUAGUGGAAAAUCCACACGUUGUCAGAGAUAAAUUAGCAUCAGCUGGGAAGUCAGCUUUCACAAUGAAGUGUAUAUUCAGUAUUUUUAAUAUCAAGUACAGUGACUUUUCAAACUGUAGCUUGGUUGCAACAGUCUGAAGAUUUUAAGAGUGAGGGUGAGGUCUGUUUUUUUGACAGUGUGUUUAAAACAUACUGGGCCUUUAAGAGAGCGCUGUCAUGAAAUCUGAGUCUGAACUGGGAGCAAUGUGUCAUACCAGAGAUGCAUACACGUGACCGAGGAAAUCAAACUGUGUACACCCCCAAAAAGUUAAAUAUUAUGCCAAUAAGCUGGAUAAGGAUGUUAAAAUAACAGAACAAUGGUUUUCAGUGUCAUGGGUGUAAAACAUCCUUUCCCCUGGUCACUGAAACCCCCUUCUGACCCACUUGCUGGCUCCACAACAAAGUCUAUUUUUGGGUUAGUAGCUCAGAGGGCCUCAGCAGUAGUCAAGAGACAUAUCUUUGUCUCUUGCAACUGCUCAAUCCUUCUCUUAGCCCCUGCACAACACUUUGAACAUCAACAACACACGUCGGUUGCCGAAAAAUGGACGUUAGCUGGACUUUUUAAACCCACAGCAACAGCAGACAAGAAGAGCUGAUGACUUUGGUAAGACUUCUAUGAGAACAUUGAAUGUGUGAGUGGUAGGCAAGCGGUAUUGCCAAUCUACUUGUAUGAGCAAGGUCUGUAAAAAGUAGCAGCUUGGCACAAAAAGUUAUUUUGUUUAAGGCAUUGCUGACAGCCACAUUAUGAGGUCCAUUUAGGGAUCCUGGGAAGUUUGCAAUAAUACAAUAUUUUAAACAUUCAACUCUCAGGAUUUUGGACAUCAAAAAUGGACUUUUGUUGUUGAUCCAGUAAUAUAUUAUCAACUUAUCUCUUGCGCAAGUUUUGGCAUUACUGAUUAAAUUUAAGCUAUUGUUUAAUUAAUGCUACUGUAUUAGUGACAGUUUGUCUUUUUAUUGUUUUUGUUUUUCAGAGACAACCUCCUACCUAGAGCGUUUAUUUAUUUAAUUUUAUUUUUUAUAUAUAUAAUCGUUACGCCAAAGUUUGCCACAAAAUGGAUCUUACAGCCAAACAUGGACUGGCGCUGCUUGACCAGCUGAGGAAGAUGAGGGAGACUGAGCAUCUGACAGAUGUGGUGUUGGUUGCUGAAGGCAUCAGCUUCCCCUGUCACCGGGUUGUUCUCGCUGCUUUCAGCCCGUACUUCCGGGUUAUGUUCACAUGUGGCCUGCGUGAGUGCAGCAACAGAGAAAUUGUCCUGCGUGACACCUCUGCAGAGAGCCUGUCUCUCCUCUUGAACUUCAUGUACUGCUCAGAUCUUCCUCUCACUAAUGACAAUGUGCAAGGCAUCUCCAUCGCAGCUUUUCUCCUCCAGAUGGAUGAAGUCUUCACUCGCUGUCAGAUACACAUGACCGAGAACAUGGAUGCUUCCAACUGCCUUGGCGUGUACUACUUUGCCCGUGACCUUGGUGCAGAGGAUUUGUCUGAUCAUGCUCAGCGCUACCUGAGGCAGCACUUUGUCCAAGUCUGCCAAAGCGAGGAAAUCUUGGAGUUAGAGGCCCAUCAGUUGGGGAAACUUCUGACCUCUGAUGACCUGAAUGUUUCACGAGAAGAGACCAUCCUGGAUGUGGUUCUUCGCUGGGCUAAACACAGCACUUUGAUGGAUGGAGAGAACCGGAUCCUUCACCUACCAGAGCUGCUUAGGAAGGUCCGCUUGCCACUGAUAAAUCCUGACUAUUUGAGUGAGGUCAUGAGGAGAAACACAGCCCUGCUGUCUGAUGCAGAAUGUCAGGAGAUUAUCAAUGAAGCACUGGGGGCUGCUGGGAUGCAUCCUUCAGCUACGCCACGCAAACUAAAGCUGAGGUACGGUAUGGAGACCACGGAUCUGCUGCUCUGUGUUGGAAAUGACACAGACGGGAUAAGAUCCAGAUAUGGCAACUAUUCCGAGCGCAGCUUCUGCUUUGCUCCGUCCACAAGCCGAAUCUACUACAUCACUUCACCUCGCUACGGAGAGGCUUUAGGGCAUGUUUGUGCUGGGGUGGUGACUGAAGAAAACAACAUUGUAGUAGCAGGAGAAGCAAGCGCACGCAAAAUAUCCCGACAGAAGGACAUGAAGGUUGAGAUUUUCAGGUAAGAGACUCAUCAGGUAACGUUUUGUUAACUCUGUCCUUUCAAUGCAGAUAACACUUAUGUUGCUAUCUUGGGUUUCCAGGUACAAAGUUGAGGCCCAAGGAACCUGGGAGCACCUGACAUCAGCCGAGUAUCGUGAUUCAUAUGCUCUAGGAUCUCUGGGUGACACACUGUACCUCCUAGGCGGGCAAAUGAAGCUGAAGAACCAGCUCCUCAUCACUAACUGUGUGGAGCGAUGGUCCCUGCAAGGUGGACCAUGGCGCAGUGCAGCACCCCUGCCUCUGCCUUUAGCCUAUCACAGCGUGGUCAGAGUGAAGGAUCGCCUUUAUGUAAUUGGUGGUCGAACUCCACAGGUAAGUGUCAAGGGACUUCUCACACACUCAUCAUGAACUCUUGACAGACAGCACCCAUUCUACUGUUUUUACUUUUUUUCUACUGUGACUGUCCAGUCAUACCGCAUGGAUGAUGAGCCUGAUCGUCUCAGUAACCGCCUACUGGAGUAUGAUCCAAACACAAAUAAGUGGAUGGAGCUAAACCCCAUGAGGUACUCCAAGUACCGCUGCAGUGCUGUUGUACUUAAUGGGGAAAUUUACGUGAUGGGUAAGACUGACACUAAUGAGAUAGCCUAUUUGGUUAUUUAAAUGACUGUGUGCCUAAUUAAAACAAUAUAGAUCCUCCAAAGUGAAUUUAUUUCUGUUGGUUUUUUCAAGAAUUUGUUUGAAAAAUUAUCAUUCUUGGUAAUGAAACAUGUUUGCAGGUGGUAUUGGAUGUGAAGGAGCAGACCGUGGGCAAUCACGCCGAUGCCUUAAUGCUGUGGAGAUCUACAGCCCAGAUGGAGAUUUCUGGCGGGAUGGACCUCCUCUCCCAUGUGCACAGCUUACACUGCACUCCAAUGCCUCUAAUGCAGGAGUAGUUGGGAGAAAAAUUUAUGUGUGUGGAUACUACAAGGGAGCAGGUAAGAAGAAUGUCCAUAUCUACUGAAUAAGAACUGCUCAAGAGGAUUUUGACGUGAAUACUCCAUACUCCUCUUUGUCAACUCUCCUUAGGUCGCCAUGAUAACAUAACAAAAGACAUUUUGGAGCUGGAUCCAUGGGAUAACCGGUGGACGGUGGUGUCUCGGCGCGCUCUGAUGCAUGACAACUAUGAUGUCUGCUUAGUGGCAAAUCUUAACCCAAGGGGUCUCAUGUCCCCACCUGCAGACUUAGUUACUCAGUGACACCCCUAUCGGAUCAGAUCAAAGACUGCUUGGGUGAACUAGUAGUAGUAAUAAGUCAUUAAUGCACAUGUUGCUGGGCCAAAAGCAUUCAUUCUUUAAGGCAGAAAAGGCUUUGGAGCCUUGCUCAGUGAUCCAUACAUUUAUAGAUUGAGCGUAAAUAGUUUGUAAAUAGAAAUUUGUUUUUGUUUUAUUGCUUAGCGGCAGAAAUACAGCACUGAAACCUCCAUCCAACACUUUGCAUUGUAAGCAAACCAGGUAAAUCGUUUAUCUAAAAGUUAAAAAAAAGGACAUCAGUUGUUCUGAAAAUAAGAACAAAUAUCCAUCAUCGUCAGUGGCAAGGGUAGCAGUUUCACUUUGUUUGAGGUGAACAAUACAAACCCUUGAGAUAAUGAUUUUGUUCUUGACAAAUGGUAAAUUAAAAAAGUAAGUUUCGAUCAGUGUUUAAGCCAAA